AACGCAUCUAGUUGUUUAUAUUUUCAGUUUCUUUAAAUCGUAUGUCAUGAAAUUCAAAUCUUGUUCAAUUUUGUUUGAUAUCGUUCGCAUUAAUCAUGGAUAUUGAGGAAAUUAACUAAUUUUGAAUCCUUUGUUCCUUUCAAAUCUAUUUGUUUUACAUUUUCUAACCUUUUGGUUCAAUAUUAUUGCGCGAGAAAUGAAGAGGUUAUGUUCACUGAAAUUUUGACUUCGCGCGACCUUUGUCAUUUUGAUUCUUUUUUUUAUUGUUAUUACACAGUUUUUUCGUUGUGUUUGAUAACUUUUAUUUUAAGUAAUUAUUUAAUAGCAUAAUGUCGAUCAGUGUUGAUAUUAGAUUAAAAAGAGCGAGUAAAAUAUACCACGAAGGGGAAAGUGUCACGGGAUUAAUUUUAAUACAAACAAAUUCUGAUAUCAAGCACGAUGGUAUUUUUCUCACAAUGGAGGGUUGCGUUAAUUUGCAACUCAGUUCCAAAACAGUCGGGAUUUUCGAAGCGUUUUACAAUUCUGUAAAGCCAAUACAACUUGUGCAGUACACAUUGGACGUUGCUCCAUCGGGAAAAAUUCCAAGUGGCAAAACAGAAAUACCUUUUGAUCUUCCUCUAAAACCUCGUGGUAGUAAGACUCUCUAUGAAACAUAUCAUGGAGUUUUUGUCAAUAUUCAAUACAUGAUUCGCUGCGAUAUUAAAAGAAGUUUCCUUGCCAAAGAUGUAAAUAAAUCAUUAGAAUUCAUCGUUGAGGAUAAAGUUUCUUCGAAAUUGUCCAGUGAGCAAAUGAAACCAGUGCCAUUUAAAAUAAUGCCAGAAUCAAUUCAUAAUACAAGGGAAAGAACAAAUUUACCUCGAUUCUGUAUCUCUGGCAAAUUAAGUUCACUGAGUUGUAAAUUAUCCGAACCAUUGAUAGGAGAGGUAACUAUCGAACAUUGUGAAGCUGUGAUAAAAUCAAUAGAAUUACAACUUGUGAGAGUUGAAACUUGUGGAUGUGCCGAAGGUUAUUCAAGAGAUGCUACAGAAAUACAAAAUAUACAAAUUGGCGAAGGUAGCGUUUGUACUGGUCUUCCAAUACCGAUUUACAUGAUAUUUCCACGUCUUUUUACUUGUCCGUCAUUGACAACAAGUAAUUUUAAAGUUGAAUUUGAAGUUAAUCUUAUUAUCGUAUUUGAAGACGACUAUUUGGUAACUGAAAACUUUCCAAUAGUUUUAACGAGAAACUAAAUAGGCAGAAAGCAGAAACAAAUUGGUAGUUAUAAUUAUUUCUCUAUUUUUCCAGCAAG